AUGAACAAAAAAAAACAACCACAAGUAACCACAACAAAGGAAGAACAGGAGCAGCAGGAGCCGUCGUCGCAGCAGCAGAAGGCGUGCAGCAGCACCUGCGAAUCUCUCGAAGACGAUCCACUGGGGCCAGCAGGUGAGCUCCCGCUGCAGCGCCCGGAGCAGCAGCAGCAGAAGCAGCUGCUGCAACCGCUGCACCGCGCCGCCCACCCCGAGGACUCAGGCAAAACACCUUCACCGCCAGCUCCGCGCGGCUGCCGCGAGCCACGCGCGCCUGCACAGCAGCAGCAGCAGCAGCAGCAGCAGCAGCAGCAGCAGCAGCAACCGCAGCAGCAGCAGCACAGAGAAGGAGGACGAGCUUCAAGAGGCACUUCGACGAUUUACAAGGCAGCAAAGAGCCGCAGGUGA